AUGAGAGCAAUCGCUGCAACAGUGAUCCUGGUGAAAGAGGCUAAGAAACUGACCCUGGGCCAGGGCCUCCAAGUCAUUGGGGCGCACGCCAUGGAAACCCUCCUCCGCAGUCCUCCGGAUUGGUGGAUCUCCAACGCCCGAGUGACUCAGUACCAGGAAGAUAUCGAGCUGGGCAGGAAGUUGCAGUGCUCGGAGACUGAGGCAGGAUGGUUGAAACAUCCCGAUGGAAGGAUCUUCCUCCCCCAAGCAUUGGGGUGGGAUCUUCUUCUCCAGACCCAUCGAGCCACACAUUUGGGAACGGCCCAACUCUGUCAGCUAUUCAGACCCCGUUUCUACCUGCCCGGACUAUCGACUCUGGCCGAUUCCAUAACCUCCGGGUGCGCCUCCUGUGCAAGAGUUAACGCUGGCCCUAGCCGGCCCUCCACCACCCCGGGCGUUCACCAUCGCAGAUCCCAGCCGGGAGAGCACUGGGAAAUAGACUUUACUGAGGUAAAACCUACCCGAGGUAGGUAUCGCUAUUUACUGGUCUUCAUCGACACCCAUUCUGGGUGGGUCGAAGCAUUCCCUACGAAGGGGGAGACAGCCUUGAUUGUUGCCCGGACUCUCUUGCAUCAAAUUUUACCCAGAUUUGGUGUACCCCUAGCUCUGGGUUCAGAUAAUGGUCCGGCGUUCAUCGCCCAAACUUCCAAAAUGGUAGCCAAGUCUCUAGGAAUUGAUUGGAAGCUGCAUUGUGUGUAUAGACUGCAGAGCUCAGGACAGGUAGAGAGGAUGAACAGAACGUUAAAGGAAACCUUAACAAAAUACACCCUUGAAGUUGGCGGCCCCUGGACAGACCUCCUCCCAUUUGCCCUCCUACGCAUGCGAUGUUCCCCGUAUAGGAAUGGUUUCACCCCCUUCAAAAUUGUCUUUGGGCGACCGCCUCCUCUGCUCCCUCGCCUGGCAGAGGAGAAGCUGCCCCCUGCCGAACCCACACCAGCCACUUACCAUGGAAUGGACAUUGCGGACUGA